CCUGUAUUUUACGAUCGAGAAUUUGGACAACAACUUCAAUUACAAAUCUGCCGUAAUAAUUUAAGACCAACUAUUAUUGAGGGCUCUCCACAAUGCUAUAUAAAUUUAAUGAAGAAAUGUUGGGAAAGUGAGCCAGACAACCGACCAUCAUCAUUAGAAAUCCGUGAAAUUUUUACCAAGUGGCAAAAUGAUGAAACUAUUUUAUUAGAAUUAGAUAAAUCAAAGGAUAUAUUAAAAAAUGUUAAAGACAUGCAAAUGCAAGCAUAUCCAGAAGUCAUUUAUACAAGCAAAUUUAUUAAUUAUACUACGUCACUUUACCAAG